ACUUUGGGAUACAAAAUGAGGUUUGGUGUACAAAUCCCUUAAUCCAUAAUAUAAAGCCCAAACUGGAUUCUUCUGAGCAAGUCUGCAUGCAAAAACUGUGGGCGCUAUAUGUCUAUCCAAAAUGCUUAAAAAGGCAUUUCCUUCAUAUUAUUGACAGAACAGACCCCUUUCUGGAUAGGGUAACCAGAUAAGAUUAAAAACUCACAACUACCUAAGCUGCUGCCUCCCCCCAUUCUCCUAUAUAACAGAAGAAAAACACAAAUACCUCAUCAUAUCUUCAAAUCAAAUACCAGAAGAAAAAGAAAGAAAAACACCAUUUUUAAAGGUUCAUUCUAGAGAGAAAAAAGAUGGGUUCUCUCAUGGCAGGUUGGGAUUCACCUCUUUCUUCUGAUCCUAAAGCUGUGAUGUUUCAGAGAAACAAGUCCUUAACAAAGGAGGAAGUGGAUGGGUAUUGGAGAUUAAAGAAGAAGAAGCAGGAGGAGGAUGAGAAGAAAGAGCAGUGCCCAAGAUCAAGUUCAGCUGGUAGUGCCCAGAUGAAGGAGGACAUUCUUCUUGACACAGGAACAGUCAGUGAAACCAGUUCUUUGGAGAAACUUAUCCACACACAUGGCUGGUGGGUAAGUAGCAAUUGGGCACAUCUAAACGAACCACCGCCGGAGGAGGGAGAUUACAAGUACAUUUCGCAGUUUCAUGUGGCAAACAGGGCAGCCAACGACGACUCAAAUCGCCAUCAUGCCGGAAUCAGCCACCCAUGAAACCACACCACCGCCACGGCGCCACCACCUUCUUUUGUUUUUGUUUUUUGUUUUUUUGGGGGGUUUUUAAAGUAAUGAACAAUCACAACAAGCACUUGUACAUAAGAAUAAAUAUAAACAUGCAAACCAUGUAUUAUAAAAUCACAGAGUACUAAAGGGCUAUCUUUCAGGUUGAAAUUAAGAAACACUAACCGGAAGUUUUCCCAAGAGAGAAGAUAUCCCUGUGGUAAUGUAAUCUGGCAUUGGCCAUUCAAACUGCCUUCAAAAGCUUUUGUGCUCUCUGUUUUUUGUGUUGUUCACUUUUCUCUUUAUGCUCAUUUAUCUAAAGAUAAUCUGGAGUAUUUACAAGGCAUAUUGAAAAGAGAGAACAAAGAAAAACAAAAGAAGAUUCACCUAUUCCAAAACACUAUAAUAUGUGCCAUAUAUGUGCAUCUGACUUAGUUUCAUGAGAAA